AUGAAGACGCUGAGUCUUCUUCUGGUGGUUGCACUGUCUAUAACCAGUAGUUUGGCUGUAGAUAGGAACAACUUUAAAACUUGCGAACAGUCGGGUUUUUGUAAACGGCUUCGGCCAUUCAAGUCUGAAAAAUCGCAGUAUGCCUUGAAUCUGGAUACAGUGAUGGUACAUGGGAAUGUACUAGGAGCUGAAGUGGUCACCCAGGAUAAUCAAGGAGAGAAAAAACACGUAUUGUGGCGUUACACACUUAAACUAUCAGCUCUCGUCGAUGGAACCUUCAGAGUCGAGUUAGAUGAAUCUGAACCUCUCUAUCCGAGGUAUCGAACACAGUUAGCCCUCGAUGGAGAACCAAAAGAAGAUAGUUUGAAACUGAUUUCCAAUGAGAAUGGCAAAUUGACAGUGGCAAACAGCCAAGGGCAUAAAGUUAUCAUAACAGCUGAUCCAUUGAAGUUUGAAUUCUACAACAAGAACGGUGACCUGGCCGUUGUAUUGAAUGAUAAUAAUCAGUUGAUUGUUGAACCGCUGAGAGUUAAGAGGGAGAAAAUUGGUGAUGAUGAUGAAGCUGCUGCCGUUGAGGAAGAUGAAAGUGCAUGGAGUGAAAACUUCAAAUCUCAUCAUGACAGCAAGCCAAGAGGCAAUGAAGCUGUGUCGCUAGACGUGGCCUUUCCUGAAGCGAACCAGGUUUAUGGUAUCCCACAACACACGGAUAACUUCUACCUCAAGACCACUACAUCGGGUGAACCAUAUCGCUUGUACAACUUGGACGUGUUUGAAUAUGAAUUAGACAGCCGCAUGGCUAUAUACGGCGCUGUACCCGUGUUAUACUCACACAGUAAGCGUCACAGUGCGGGUGUAUUCUGGCACAAUUCAGCUGAGACGUGGGUAGACGUGGUGAACUACGCUGAUGAGACGGUGGUGUCCUCUCUGGUGAACUUGGUCACCGGUGGCAGGAAGACUAGGGUGGACGCCAGGUUCAUGAGUGAGUCCGGUGUGAUAGACGUGUUCGUGUUGCUCGGAGACAAGCCCGCUGACGUGUUCAGGCAGUACACGAGGCUGACGGGGGCGGCGCCGCUACCACCGAAAUUCUCUCUAGCGUAUCAUCAAUCUAGAUGGAACUACGCCGAUGAAAACGAAGUUAGAUCUGUAGACGAAGGCUUCGACGCUAACGACAUACCCGCGGACGUAAUAUGGCUGGACAUUGAAUAUACUGAUAGGAAAAAAUAUUUCACCUGGGAUCCGGAGAAAUUUGCUCAUCCCACUGAAAUGGUGGCCAAUUUAACUGCCAAGGGUAGAAAACUGGUGGUUAUUAUAGAUCCUCAUAUUAAAAGGGAGGCUGGGUACUUCUUACACGAAGAUGCUACGGAACAAGGGUUGUAUGUGAAGAAUAAAGACGGAAAUGAUUAUGAAGGUUGGUGUUGGCCAGGAUCGUCUUCAUAUCUCGACUUUUUCAACCCCAAAGUCAUGGAUUACUACAUAAAGAGAUAUCAGUUUGAUAACUUCCCCGGGACCAGCAAGGAUGUGCAUAUAUGGAAUGAUAUGAAUGAACCUAGUGUAUUCAAUGGACCAGAAAUUACAAUGCCAAAGGACUGUCGUCACUACAAGCCCCCUCAAGACGGACAUGAGGGUAUCUCGUCUUACUGGGAACACAGACAUGUUCACAAUGAGUACGGCUUAUUCCACAUCAGCGGCACCCACCAGGGCAUGUUAGACAGGGAUGGCGGGAGAUACAGACCCUUCGUACUUACUCGGUCCACCUUCGCCGGCACACAGCGGUAUGCCGCAGUAUGGACCGGUGAUAAUUCAGCAGAAUGGGGUUUCCUAGAAGCGUCAGUAAGAAUGUGUGUUUCGCUAGCAGCGAGUGGCAUUAGUCAUUGUGGAUCAGACGUGGGAGGUUUCUUUAAAUACCCUGAGGAAGAACUCAUGACUAGGUGGUAUCAGGCGGGUGCAUAUCAACCAUUCUUCCGAGCUCACUCACACAUUGAGACGAAGAGACGCGAGCCCUGGCUGUACCCGGCAGCCACUAUGGGCAGGAUAAGAGAUGCUAUUAGAAGGAGAUACGCCUUGAUGGACUUUUGGUACACAUUAUUCUACGAGCAUUCAAUAGACGGUCUACCAGUGAUGAGACCAUUGUUCCAGGAAUUCCCCCAGGAAGAAGAAACAUUCACGAUAGAUGACACAUAUCUGUUGGGCGAUCGUUUGUUAGUACGACCGGUAUUGUCAGAGGGCGCCACUAGUGUUAAAGUUUACUUCCCCGGAAAAGAUUCCAAAACACUCUGGUAUGAUACAGAUUCAUAUCAAGCAUAUCCCGGAAACGGAUAUACUACUAUAGAUGUAAACAUAGCCAAGACUCCGGUGUAUCAGCGAGGUGGUACAGUGAUUCCUCGCAAGGAGAGAGUGAGGCGAGCAUCUACACUCAUGGCUGAUGAUCCUUAUACUAUAGUGGUUGCUUUGGAUGAACAGAACAAGGCGAGCGGCACGCUGUACAUAGACGACGGUGAGACGUUCGACUACAAGAACAACAAGUACAUAUACGGACGAAUUACCUACACGCCCGACAACAUGACGUACAAAUUUAUAGACAAGAACGCGCAUUACCCAACACGUUCGUGGGUAGAGCGUAUAGUGAUAGCGGGUAUUAAAAAUCCACCGAAAUCAGCGAAACUCGUACAAGAGGGUAAAGUUACCCCGCUGCAAAUGACCCUACAUCGGGGUAACGACGUACUUGUUGUAAGAAAACCCGCCGCAGCUAUGGCUAAAGAGUGGGAAAUACACUUCACUUAUUAA